CUGGAGGCACUACCUCUUGGAUCGCUUUUUCUACGUCAGGACUGAUCAUCGGACCCCAAGGUGGAUGAAGACUCAACCGGUACUCUCCGAUGCUCUGAAGGGAUGGAUUGAAGUCAUGGAACAAUAUGACUUUGAGCCACAGUACAUCAAGGGGGAGUACAACAAGGUUGUUGAUGCGCUGUUGCCUAGGCCAGACUUCCUAGGUGCACUGGUCACUGAAUUUGGGCUUGUGGACGAUAUUACUCGUUCUUUGGUAGAAGCCUAUCGCGAGGAUCCGUUUAUGGCUGAGAUCUACAUAGCACCGUGUUCGCGUUCGAAGGAGAACGCGAACAUGUUCGCCCGAACUGAACUGUGGAAGGCCGCAGCUGCAGAACAAGGGACACAGCUGCAGAUGACCUCCAACAACCACCCAGAGGCAAACGGACAAGCAGAGCAGCUGAACCACGUUGUUCAACACCUGCUCUGGCAUUAUAUCAAGCCCAAUCAGGUGGACUGGGAUGAGAAACUUGCUCUCAUCGCCAGUCUGUACAACAACGCUGUGCACAGUGCAACAGGCCACGACAGCAGUGCCAUGUCAACAACCAGUCACCGCAACAACAGGUCACGUCAGUGCAUGGUGCUCACCCGCUCAAAGAUAAGCGGCAUGGAGCAGCAGCCAGCCGAGACUACCGAGACUUAUGAGGGGUGCAUGUUGAACAUGGUAGCAGAAUUCAAGCAACAGGCAACUGCGGCAACAUCCGCACGUAAGAAGGAACAACGUCGCCUCGCUGAACAGCAGCGAGAGGCGGACGCUGAGGCAGCAAGGAAGACCGCAAACGAACGCCAUCGACUACGCCGAGACAAACUCCUCGAAUGUGAGGGGGAUAUCGAGGUGAUCGCCGGCGAAUGGGCAGUGGCUGCUGAAGAGGAGGGUGCCCCCUCUGCUGUGCGUGGCCUUGCCACCACAAUCGAACAUGUGAGCGACUUGGUUGCCACCUGUGCAGCACAGCAAGAUGACAUCCUCUGCGUGGACACCCUGGUCCGGACGCAGAUUCAAAUUAUUGACGAACUGCUUGACAGGGUACCCCGGCUGGAACGGCAACUUGCAACAACCACCCCUGCCGGACACUCCAACUUGACGGACCGCGUCAACGUCUUGGAAAUCGACGUCGGGACUGUCAAGGACGGCGCUCUAACGACAAAUCAGCGGAUUGACCAGCAGAUUUGCGCCGCCGCAGUCAGUCCGACUGUGACUAAUCGCGAGAGCAUCCCGAAGUUUGACGGCCUCCCGAUCUUCUGCGGUGCAACAGCAUGGCAUAAGCGGUUCCAAGUGGAGCCACCCGAGCUUCAGGCAGCCGAGAAACUUCAACGUCCAAGGCAAAUUCCCUUCGGGAAAGUGAGCACCGCAGAGAGUGAUGCGGCUGCACUCUCAACGCCUUCGGAAGCGGUUGCUUUGCGAGCGACCUCUCUUCAUUCUGAGGCACAUGCUGAAGUCGACAGUCCUCUCUUGUAUUCUUAUGAGGACUAUGCUGCCUGGCUCGUCCCUUCGAUGGGUUCUCAAGCUCAAGGACAAGAUGUGUGUUCGGCUUCUUCUCCGUCCGACAACAACAACAAUAUAUCAACUUCAAGUGGCUCUUCAAGCGAUUCAACGCACGAGUUCAACAUAGAGGUCUUGGACCCGUUGACGUCCGAGGAUUUUGCAUGGCUUCCUCUCCCUUCCACAGGCUGCUUGCCGGGACUGCAAUGCGCAACACUAUGCGCCCAUCUCCACACAUACUUAGCCUUCUAUGCACCACCAUCUUCGCCGUCGGAUGACGAAGCUGCGGUGGGGGACAUCCUUGCGUAUGUUACCAAGGUGGCCCGCGAGUUUCGCAUGCAGCGGUACGAUGAUAACAACGCACCGCUCCUUUAUGUCCGCAUCCAAGUUGGGCAAGCGUCCUGCAGCGCUUUGCUGGAUAGCGGCACGACUCGCAAUUUCAUCAGCCAGUCCUUUAUCCAAAAGGCCGGCCUUGGCACUCAAGUUCGAAGGAAGCCAAACCCGACGACGAUCAAGUUGGCGGACGAUCGGAUGCAACAACUCCUCGAUUACUACAUUGAAGUCGUGCCGGUUUAUUUCGCACCUCAUGCAUGCAAACCGGUGACGUUUGACGUCUUAGACACGGACUUCGACAUUAUUUUGGGGAUGCCUUGGCUUGCAAGUGCGGAUCACACGGUUAACUUUCAUCACCGGACACUUACCGUUCGCGACGCCUUCGGCGCCGAGGUGCCGUGUACCAUUCCUCUUCCGCACUCCUCGAUCCGGUGCCAAGUUGUAACGGCCAAGUCUUUUCGGGCCACGUGCCCUUAUGAGCGGACCGACGAGAUAGGCCUAUGUUUUCUACGAGCUGCCACGACGACCGAAUCUUCACCUACGGACUUGUCUUCGGACCCCCGAGUGGUGCGGCUUCUCGGCGAGUUCACCGACAUGUUCGAGUCUCCUACCGGUGUGGUGCCGGAUCGGCCGAUCUCCCACGAGAUCAUUCUUCAGCCUGGUGUCGUGCAGCCGAAAGGAUGCAUCUAUCGCAUGAGCGAGGAAUAGCUCGUGGUUCUCCGCGCUCAACUCGAGAAUCUUUUGGACAAGGGCUGGAUCCGCCCUAGUAGCUCACCAUAUGGUGCGCCACCAGUUCCAACCUCGAUCCAUUGAAAAUUGCAGCAGUCCACAAGCAGGUGGAGAACGGUUCGUGCUUGACAGACUAAAUAGGGUUACCGAGGGGUGCAUAAAAUCGUCACAUUUAAUAGAGUACCCUACUACCCCCUGAACUUCGACUAUUUUUUUGUCCCAUCGGUAACAAAAUAUCCACGAGUAC